GGUCUUAUACUCAUUUCCUUCCAAAUCGAAGCACAUGAUUAUUUCAUUUAAUACUCUUAUAUUCUUAUUUAUUUAUUCUUAAUUUAACUAAUUUACUUAUUUUAGUAUUCUCUUUCAUGGUUAUUUCAUUUAAUACAUUUAAAAUAUUUAAAAAUUGAUCAAAGUUUUUUUAUAAAAAGAAUCAAAUUUUUUUCUUAAAGUGAUGCUUAUAAAAAGGAUCGGAGGACUAUUAAUAUUAUAGUUGUAGAAACCCUUUGAAAGUUGAAAGUUGAAACUACUUUGAAUUUUAACUAUAUCUAUCUAAUCUAAUGAGUUACUUACUUUUUUGAUUUCAGGUUUAAUUGAAAGAAGGAAGAACUAGAAAGUGUAGAAAAUUGAAGUGAGCGAGUUGUGAUUAUGGCUUACAAAUCGCUAUCUUCUAUCUCUGUUUCGGAUAUUGAAUCCCUUGGAAUUGCGAGAGACCACGCUGCUACUCUCCACCAGAGUCUCACAGAAUUAAUUGGAACUGAUGAUGCACCUGCCACGUGGCAGAACAUCACCACCAACAUCCUCAACCCAGAACUCCCCUUCUCGUUCCAUCAGAUGCUUUACUAUGGUUGCUUCAAGGAUUAUGGCCCUGACCCGCCCGCUUGGAUACCCGACCCGGAAAGUGUUACUUUAACAAAUGUUGGCCGGUUGCUAGAGAGGAGGGGUAAAGAGUUUCUUGGUUCGGCGUAUAAGGAUCCAAUUACAAGCUUUGCUGAUUUCCAAAAAAUUUCAGUCUCAAACCCCGAGGUUUAUUGGAAAACUGUGCUGGAUGAAAUGAACAUAUCAUUUUCUAAACCACCCGAAUGCAUCUUACGUGACAACCCGAAUGAGGAUGGUUCAUCAUCAUACCCAAGUGGUCAAUGGCUUCCUGGAGCAUCUAUUAAUCCAGCACAGAAUUGCUUGAAUUUGAAUGGCACAAGAAGUUUAAAUGACACAGUUAUAAUAUGGCGUGAUGAACUACAGGAUGAUCUCCCUCUACAAAGGAUGACACUUGAGGAGUUGCGUCAAGAGGUUUGGUUAGUUGCGUAUGCUCUUGAAUCUCUGAGUCUGGAGAAAGGAUCUGCAAUUGCGAUUGAUAUGCCAAUGAAUUGUAAAUCUGUGGUCAUCUACCUAGCUAUCGUUCUUGCUGGUUAUGUUGUUGUAUCCAUAGCGGAUAGUUUUGCAGCACGUGAAAUAUCAACCAGGCUUAAAAUAUCAAAUGCAAAAGUCAUAUUUACUCAGGAUCUCAUACUUCGUGGUGAUAAAGCCCUCCCUCUUUACAGUAGAGUUGUGGAUGCCGAGUCACCUAUGGCAAUUGUUAUCCCAAGUAGAACCCCUGGAUUUAGCAUGAAACUGCGCAAUGGUGACCUUUCUUGGUGUCAUUUUUUGGAGAGAGUCAAUAGAAUCAAAGGCAAGGAAUUCAUAGCUGCGGCACAACCAGUAGAAACAGUCACAAACAUUUUGUUUUCUUCUGGAACAACAGGUGAUCCAAAGGCAAUUCCAUGGACCAAUAUUACUCCUCUAAAAGCUGCUGCAGAUGCAUGGUGCCACUUGGACAUUCGUAAAGGUGAUAUAGUUUCCUGGCCCACUAAUCUUGGAUGGAUGAUGGGGCCCUGGCUAGUAUAUGCAUCAUUGCUUAAUGGAGCUUCAAUGGCUUUAUAUAAUGGAUACCCACUUGGGCCUGGCUUUGCCAAAUUUGUACAGGAUGCUAAAGUGUCAAUGCUUGGUGUGAUUCCAAGUCUUGUACGGAGCUGGAGAAAUGCAAAUUCCACAUCCGGCUAUGAUUGGUCAGCUAUUCGUUGCUUUGCCUCCACCGGAGAAGCAUCUAACGUAGAUGAGUACCUUUGGCUAAUGGGAAGAGCUCGUUACAAGCCAAUCAUUGAAUAUUGUGGUGGUACAGAGAUUGGGGGUGGAUUUAUCACUGGAUCAUUACAGCAGGCUCAGUCAUUGGCUGCUUUUAGCACACCAGCUAUGUGCUGCAAUUUGUUUAUUCUUGGUGAAGACGGGCAUCCUACUCCUGAAAAUGUUCCAGGAAUAGGUGAAUUAGCUCUUGGCUCCCUUAUGCUUGGGGCAUCAAAUACACUGCUCAAUGCUGAUCAUUAUGGUGUCUAUUUCAAGGGGAUGCCUCUCUGGAAUGGAAAGGUUUUACGGAGGCAUGGAGAUGUAUUUGAGCGUACAGCUAGAGGGUUCUAUCAUGCGCACGGUCGUGCAGAUGAUACAAUGAACCUUGGAGGAAUCAAGGUGAGUUCGGUUGAGAUUGAACGCAUAUGCAACGGAGUAGAUAGUAAUAUCGUGGAAACAGCUGCAAUAGGGAUACCGCCUUCUGGUGGUGGGCCUGAGCAAUUGGCUGUAGCUGUUGUACUGAAGAAUUCAAACAUCACACCACAAGAUUUACUGAAAUUGAGGAUGUCUUUUAAUUCAGCUCUCCAAAAAACACUAAAUCCAUUAUUCAGGGUCUCUCAAGCAGUACCAGUGCCAUCUCUUCCAAGGACAGCAUCAAACAAGGUCAUGAGAAGGGUUUUGCGGCAACAACUUGCAGAACAUAACCAAAGUUCAAAAAUAUAACAUUAUUAUUGGGGUGAUUGGUUUUUGCUAGCUGUUAGUUUGUCUGUUACAAUUACAUUGCAGAAUAAUGGGUAUAAAAACCUUCCCCUUGUAUCCCAUUGUGUAUCUUUAAUAAUAAAACCUCAAUUGGAGUUUCUCUCUCUGAUUGCCAAUAGAGUGAAACCUUGAAUAAGAGCAUUGUUUUUUUAUGGACAAUGGACACAAAGUUGUAAUCUCUAAUUACCACUUCUUCUGUGUUCAUUCUGCUAUAAAUGUAUCCUUCUUCUACCACAUGCCUAGUGUGAACUUUGUAAAUUGCUGCAAAUCAAUCCACAGCUCUGCCACACUAAA